GACAUGCACCAACAGCGCGAUGCCAGAGGGGGGAUGGCAGCGUCGGGCGGCAGUUGAGGACGACGCGAUGAGUCGCAAUGAAGGAUGCUUGCUGUAUCGACUCUAGAAACCACUCGCACCCCUCACUGCCUGUUUUUGGUGUUCGAAGCUUGCCCCUCUCGCAGAUCUGGUUCGCAACCUGCAACGGUUGCUCCAGGUGCUCGAGAGCCGUUUAGUGCGGAACUCAAACGCCCAGGAGCCCCAUCUUGACCAGUCUUAGUCCUCCUCGUUUUGUGGAAGUCUUCCUUUCGGCAGCCAGUGCAGACAUGUGAGGCGUUGAGUGUUGGCCCUUCCUAGGUUAUGUUAGAGGAGAUGGUUCCUCGCAUGCGUGGUUUUCUCGGGAAUGUGAGGUUAUUGGAAGAGGAGGCGGAGCGUCGAGAGAUGAGGAACGGUGGAGGGGUUAUGGCGAGAAGAGUAGGAUGGUGGUAUCCCAGGGAGGAAACGUCGCACUUGUGGUUGUUGGUGGUGGUGGUGGCAUUAGUUUUGGGCUUGGGAUCGGGAGUGGAUGCUCAAGCAGCAGGUCAAUAUGCAAACCAGACCUUUGCAUCAACGAUGACUGGUGACUUGAGUUCUUACGACCAAACUAUUCAGCUCGCGGCUUAUUCAGCGUUUGCGAGUUUGAGUCCGGGCACUGGGAUCCCUUACCCCGCUAAUCUAUUCGGGGACUUGGCGAAUGUGACUGUGGAGGCUGUUCGGCUGCGCGUGGGCAGUUUGCGGAGGUAUGGCGUCACGCUCGGGAAGUUCACAAUACCUCCGGGCUUGAGGAUAUCUAACGUCUCUUCUGUAAGGGUCAUAUUGGUUUACAGAGAUUUCGGCAAUGUUUCCGUGUAUUCUCCGUCGGUACCGGGGCAGGUGUUUGUCAGCUCGUUGGUUGGGAUCAGGAUGUACAAUGGCGACUUGUUGGAGACAACGACUCCUUUGCCUGCUCUUUCUGCUAUUGCUCUCGAGAACCCCGUACAGGUGAUCAUCCCGCCCAACUCCCAACCCUCCUACUGCGUCGAGUUUGAUGCUUCAAAUAGGACUGUUUUAGCUACCGACGCAACCGCGACUAAUGCAAGCUCUCCAACGUAUGCGUGCUUUUCGAGAACUCUCGGCGACAACUACUUCGCAUUAGUUGGAUUGGCUCCUCCCGGGAAGAAAUCCAAUACAUGGAAGAUUAUACUUGGAACAGUACUGGGAGUGGUGGGUCUCAUUCUACUUUCCUCCCUAUUUAUUUUCUGCUGUCGGCGGCAGCUCCGGAAACGUAAGAUCGCGAAAAUGCAGGCACAGACUGAGAAAGGAGAGACAUUGCAGUCAACGGUUGUCGGAAGCAGUAGGGCCCCUGUGGCGACGCAGACAAGGACGCGACCGAUGCUUGAGAGAGACUUCAAUGUGACGUAAGAAGCCUAUCGUUGCGUCGAUGGAUGAUCGACCAAGGAAGUUUGCAACUUUCGCGGCCACUGCUUUCAAGGUUUUGCCCUAGUAUUGAACAUCGCGCAGGUGAGACGGGGACUCACAGGAUUACACUUUCGUUUUUCAUGCUGAAGCGCGGAUGAUAGAAUAUUGCUAGAAAAUGGUAGAGCCCGUCGCAAUGUUGAUAGUGCUCAGCUCUUUGAUAAUGAUCCAACAAUAACUCGCUGCAUGGAAGUAGUGGAUGUCAGUACAUUAUAUUCUCAAGGAGACUUGUGCUACGGCUGCAGCCCUGAUGCUUGUAAAUUAGUGUUGUGAGUUGAAUUAGGUUCUGGUGGUGACCAACGUAGAAGUUUGGUCCAUUUAUUGGUUAGGGUUGAGCAUGCUGUUGUUUUCGUUGCCAGCAUGGAGGCUUGGAUGGAAUAUCAUUCUUUUUCCCCCUGAGAGUGGGCAUCAAUGCAAUUCACCGUCUUGUAACAUGUUUCGGGUUUUUUUCCUA